UUAUGAGAAUGUGACGUUCCUAAAUAAAGGUUACCUCAUAGACGUUGAAUUUACGCUAAGCCCCGCCUCUUUUCGCAUCAUUAUACAUCAGCAUUGACUUCCAGUAUUCAUGACCUCGAAUCAAAAUUGUUUGAAUUGAUCAAAGGUAGACAAGACAAAAUAGCAGAAAUAGCUGAGACAGGCACUGAAUAUGGUGGCUCCGAUAGUGAAACCCGAUGUUCCCUACAAUGGAGAGAUUCCUGGGGGCCUACAACCUGGAAGAAUGUGCAGGAUUCAAGGAGUAACGCACCCUGAGGCAGAUAGGUUCAACAUAAAUUUUCAAGUUGGUCCAAACGAUAGUCCACGUGACGAUACAGCUUUGCAUUUAUCCGUCCGAUUGAAUCAGGGUUACAUUGCACGAAAUUCGUACAAAGAUGGCGGAUGGGGUGAUGAACAGGGAGAUGGAGACCUCCCCAUAGGCCAUGCCCAGUCUUGGGAGAUCAUUGUCCUGACUGACAACAAGGAUUACAAGGCUCAACCAGAAUCUGGUUUUGAUAGUUUUCUGGAAAGCGCACAAUCGAUGUUAGCAGGAGCCAUCAAAAGCGGUGCUGCUGAAAAACUACUAGGUGGGAUAUUGGGUGGCGGUUCUCAACCCCAACAAGGCUAUGCUCACCAAAAUGCGAAAUACGGCAUCUAUCCUGAUCUACCUCAAGAUCUCGAUCCGAACCGCCAACAACAGACAACUCAAAACACUUCCAAAUCAGGACCUGUCGAGAGCCUUUUAUCUGGUUUACUCUCCGGAGGCAAUACUCAACAACAAAGAGGUCCGCAAGGGACCCAGCAGCCUUACCAACAACAAGGAACUCAACAAGCCCAUCAGGGUAUCGAUCUAGGAUCUGUACUGUCAGGUCUUCUAGGUGGAAACCAACAAUCUAAUACAAACCAGCCACAACCCGGUGCAGUACCACCACGAUAUGGUGCCCCCCAGCAAAACAUACCACCAAAUCAGCAGUCUCAGGGCCCUGAUAUAGGUACCUUCUUAUCAGGUUUACUUUCGAGUGGCAAUCAGAACCCAGGACAGGUACCAACAUCACAACAAAAUGUACCCGGCAAACAGCAGUCCCAAGGUGUUGACAUAGGAUCCCUACUCACAGGUUUGUUAUCAGGUGGCAACCAACAAUCUGGACAAGCUCCUUCCCCAGGAAGUAAAACAUCUGCACCCCUGCAACAACAAAAUGUUCCAGGAACUCAACAGUCCCAAGGAGUGGACUUUGGUUCCUUGCUUUCUGGUUUAUUGUCGGGUGGGAAUCAACAAGGACACCCUGGACAAGGACCGCCCGGACAAGGACCGUCUGGACAAGUAUCGCCUGGACAAUUACCACCUGGACAAGUACCUCCGGGUCACGUACCGCCGCAACAACAUGCCCAGGGCAUUGACGUGGGUUCUUUACUGAGUAAUUUACUAUCCAGUAAUACCCACCAGAGUCCUCAAGGGCCGGGCGCCGAAACAAAGGCUGCUGGGAACCAGCAGUCUCAUAACAUCGAUGUUGGAGCCUUACUCACAGGAUUGUCUGGUAUGCUUUCAACUGUUCAAACCAGGCCUAUCCAGGAAACUGGAAAGAAUGGGGUAGGGCCACAGCCUCAAGCUCCUAGUCAACCGUCUCAGGGUUUCGAUUUCAAUUCUCUUUUGUCUGGAAUAUUGUCUGGAGGACAAGGUAAUCAAUCACAAGGAGGAUAUCAACCAGCACCGACAGGAGGGUAUAAUCAGCCACAGGGAGGGGGGUACCAACAACCACAAACAGGAGGUUACCAACAGCCACCAAUGGAAGGAAAUCAACAGCCGCAAACAGGUGGGUAUCAACAGCCACAACCGGGGGGAUAUCAACAGCCACAACCGGGGGGAUAUCAACAGCCUCAAGCAGGUGGUAAUCCAUUACCUCCACAAACCGGUGGUAUUUCUUUGACUCACACUGGAGGUACGCCUUUGCCACAAACUGGUAGUACUUCUUUGCCUCAAGCUGAUGGCUCUCCUUUGCCUCAAGCUGGUGGUCCUCCUUCUCCUCCAAUGGGUGGUUCUCCUUUGCCCCAAACUGGUGGUCCUCAGCAACCACAAGGUGGUACUGCACAAUCAUCGCAAGGUGGUACCGCCCAGAAAGAUACUCCGAAUUCGGCUCGGCCUGCUAGCAAGCAAAUGUAUGAUGAUGUAAGCGAUCAGUUGGCUCAAGUCAUAGCUGCAGAAGGAGGUGGUUCCCAAAGGCAAAAUGUUGGACAAUCUCACCAAGCGCAUGGGAACGAGCAAUACGGCCAAUAUCCUCAUCCUCCCCAGCAAGAACAGAAGGGGCCUUUAGAGAAUCUUCUGUCUGGUUUUCUUGGUGGAGGUGCCCAGCAAUCUCAUCAACAGCCACCACAGUUCGGUGGUGGUGAAUCUAUUGGAGGAUUAGGAAGUAUGAGUGGUCUAUUGCAGAACUUUGCUGGGAAUAUCCUUCAUCCCAAAGAUGGGAACCAACGUCAAAAUUAUUAAACUGGUGCUUCCACAAAAUAUUAGAGCUGCUUUGAUUUUUUAUUUAUAAUUUUAUUUUGAAUAGGUAUUUAGGUAAGAGCACACAGAGGUAUAUAUCAAGUGAAUUUUCUGACAGUUCUAUUUUUGUGCAACUUUGAGAAGCGGGAAAUAUGUUAUUACAUUACCAGGGUCAAUUAUUACGAACCUCCUGAGAUUAGAUUAAUUUUUUUUAACGGUUGUCACAUUUUGUAUUCUUGAAUUAUUUUAUGUUGCUGCUAGUAAGAAUUGAAUUUAUCUUUAAUAUAGAUUUGAUGCUCUCUGACUUGGGCCUUACAUAUUUAUAUUUUUUUAUUAGUUUUUGUGCUUGCUAUCUGCAAAAAUAUCUUAAGUAGGUUUAUAUCUUAUUUUCAACACAAAUUUGUCGCCUUCCAAUGUCCAUAGUUCAAAAAUGUUAUGCCUUAUUAUGCUCGAAUGAAUGCAGGUCAUUCGCCAAUUUGAGGAUCUAUAAUAUAAGUUAUUGUAAAGUGUAUUAUUAUUAUAACUAACUUAUUUACGAAUGAUUUAUAUUUUGUUAAUGUACUGCUGAGAUUUUAAAAAGUUACACCAUUAAACAGGGAAAACAA